UCAUUCCUUUCUCAUUCUCCUCCAAUACAUUGUUUAUACCGAAGCAAUAUAAUUAGUUUUAUUUGUUUCUUAUAAACAAAUUAAAUUCACGUCUUCAUGACCUGAAAAUAUUAAAUUAAUUCAAUGAUGUUAUUGGAGCCAAUUCAAUUGAAAUUCCCUCGAAUGGCAACUUGAAGAAGAAGGCGAUGGUUAAGAAAUCUCUAGAACGUCAAUUGUCUGUGGAAGGAAAGCUUUCCCAUUCUGCACAAUUUCGUCUCUCUUCUUUUACGCUCUGCUUCAUUUUCUCUUGCUUAUAAGUUAAUAUGCAUGCACUGUUGAAGAAGAACAAAAUCAAGUAACAAUACACUAUCCAAGUCGCUUUCCCUGGAAAAUUUUCAAUUCACAGGCUGACGUUUCAUUAACAAUUUAAUAUAUUCUGAGGUUUGUUGCCAUUUCAUAUAAGACUAAAUAAUUGAAGUUUAAUCCAACCAUUGUUUAGUUGGAUUGAUAGAGGCUAAAACUUGAAGCCAUCAAAUAGUCAAGCAUCUGGUAUUCUUGUUAAAAUAAUUUCAAGUCUCAACCAUGGUUUCCCUGUUCAAGGUUCUCUGUUUUAGAGCUUUGCUUUUGUCAUAGUCGGUGUGCUUUCUCUUUAUUUUAACUGACUUCCUUUGAUUUCUUUAAUAUCUUACGUUUAGAUAAUUAGAUUUCUACAUCUGCCUCUUUUUGUUUAUUCAUUCCACCUAUUUCUUCUUCUGAUCGACUUGCUUCUCUAGUUUAUAUUCAGCAUCCAGGUUGUGUUCAACAGUCGAAAUUAACCUGAAGGUUUAUUUGAUAGCUUUAGCUUGAUUUUGCUUUUCUGCUUUUUCUGGCUUCCAUUAUUACGUUUUGUGGGUUUGGACAUACUUCUGUAACAAGAGAUUUCGGAGGUGUUUGUUUAUGAGAGGCGCAAAUAAUUAGAAUUAUGGGGAGGAACACUGAGGAACAGAUUGUUUCAGAAGCUGAAUCUAAGGACUUGACGGAGGGUGAAUAUAAAGGAUCCCUUUUCGCUUCUGUUUCCAAAUCACUGAUAGAAAAUGGCAGAGCAAGCAGUAUGGUUAUUAAGAAGGCACAUACUGUUAUUCCUGCACAUAUCGUAGCCGAAGCCAUAUCGACACUCCAUGGACUUGACCUCAGAUGGUCAGGUCCAAUCACACCAACAGAAAUGCAAUAUGUUGAACAGUAUGUCCUGGCAAAGUACCCUCAAUAUGCUGGCCUUGUUGAAGGAGAAAAAUUAGAUCUCUCCAGUCUUUGUAUCAGUGAAGAGACCUCAGAAGUCGCUCCUGAAGACAAGCGAAAGUCGCCUAGAAGUGGUGGUUCGAGAGAACCCUUCACACCCUCCUCUGGGAGCAAUCUCCCGGAUUUAGACAGAACCCAGUUGGAGCCAUCAAGAUUACUGGAUAUACUCACCAAGAAAUCAUCCUUUCCUGGAAGUUUCAUCUCAAUCCCUGAAAUCCAAGCUCGAAACAAGGUUUUGAAUAAUUGUGGAUUACCUGAUAGUGAGUAUCUUGUUCUCUUCACUCCAAACUACAAGGAUGCAAUGAUGUUAGUUGGGGAAAGCUACCCUUUCUUUAGAGGUAACUUCUACAUGAGCAUUAUUGGUGAAGAAAUGGAUUACAUAAGAGAAUUUGCCAGUUUCAAAGAAUCAAAAGUUGUAUUGGCGCCAGAGACAUGGUUGGAUUUGAGGAUCAAGGGAUCACAGCUUAGCCAGUAUUUCCGGAGAAAAUGCAAGCACACCCCAAAAGGAUUAUUCUCAUAUCCAGCUGAUGUCAAUGGGACACGUUAUUCCAUGCAUUGGGUUUCAGAAGCUCACAGGAACUCAUGGCAUGUUCUGCUUGACGCCACUGCAUUUGUUGUAGGGAAGGAUCGGCUAAAUCUUGCUCUUCACCGCCCUGAUUUUGUGUUAUGUAGUAUUGAAAAUACACAUGCACAACCUUCAAGGAUCAUUUGUCUUCUCAUCAGGAGGAAAUCCUUUGACACUUUAACAACAACUUCAACUCAGGCCAAUGAGUGAUAAGGGGUAUGUGCCAUUGCAUUUGCAUUUAUGCAAGUAUGUUUAAUGUCUCUAAACUUUGUUGAAACCGUGUUUGAAUUUUGCAAGAUCUAAAAGAGGAAGCAUUAAUUUUGCUUAGGUAAUAACCAUUCUAAUAAGAGUAGCACUAUGAACACAAA